AGAUUUCAAGUCUCAUGCCCACUGAGGAACUCGUAAUCAUUUCUUGGUCCUAUCCGUCAGUACAAUCGAAUCAUUGAAUGCAGUACCUAUGUACAGUACUCUAGUAGGUACCUAGGCCCUAAUCCGUACUUCGUAUCGCGUAUCUUCAGCCACAUUGCGCCCCACGAUUCUAGAUACAAUCAGUGGUCACACCAUUCCUGUACACGUUAGCGUAUGCGCUGACCAUGCACUGAGCAAGCUUCGCAGGUAGGCAGGUACGGGGGCUACAUACAUGAGCUCCAGUGCCGGCAGGAGGCUCAUCCAGGGAAAGGGGACCCUCGUUCAAACGGUUCCAAUCUAGGCUAAUCCCGUGCCUAACGUUGAUCACGAUCGACUCUUCAAUGUUUGCAUCACUAAUCACUAUUGUACCAUACCACCACCACCACCACCACCGCCAUACUUCGUGCACCAACUCCAUUCACUUGGUUCUAUUGCUUUUGAAUACUUCUUUGUUUUUUUGUACAUAUUAUAUCUAUGUGUUGUUGCAAUCGUUGAUAGUUCUCGCAUUAUCAUCACAAGCUUGAUUUAUCAAUCAAACGACCAACAUGGCUGCUAAGAUCAGUCUUCCCAUCACGGAGGAGAAACGGCCGGUUCAAUGCCGCGCUCGACGUCGAUGCCGACCAUUUCUUCUGCUUACCCUCAUCGCGACAGUCCUCUACGCAGCAUGUAAUCUCCGAGUCGUAUCGUCGUAUGCCGUUCUUUUCGUUCCAGAGACAGCCCAGUCGCGUCUAUCUCCGACAACCGACCGACCUAUAUCGGUAGACCGAGAGCUUGUUCCGCUCGAAGCACACAUCAUGAGCAAAUGUCCCGACGCUAAGGAUUGUCUCAAGGACCUUGUUCUUCCCUCCAUGAUGCGCGUGUUCGACAAAGUCAACUUUACUUUAUCGUACAUCGGAGCGCCGACGGAAAAUGACGGUGUAGACUGCAAACAUGGUCCUGGAGAAUGCAUGGGGAAUAUCAUUGAAUUAUGCGCGCAUCAUCUAUACCCGGAUCCCAAGAUCUACCUCGGCUUCACCAUGUGCUUGACAAAAGAAUACAAACUGAUUCCGCAACGGGAGCUAGUCGAGGACUGCGCCCUGGAACAUGCUAUUGACUUUGAGAAAUUGAACGAAUGCGCUACUAAGGAUAACGGGGCAUAUGGUGUAGAAUUGCUCAGACAAAGCGUAGCAAGGAGUUCCAGCGUACGUUUCACCGAGCCUUCUCAAAAUGAAAACCUAAAAAACGAGAUUUCUAACUAAUUGUCUAGGCGGGAGUUACAAAGAGCUGCACAGUCCGACUAAACGAGGAAGUAUAUUGC